AUGAACGUCAAUAAAAAACUCGACCGCUUCAAGCAAUGGGCAGGCGAGAGGAUGGGCGGCGAAGUCAAGACUAAUCUCUCCGAUGACUUCAAAGCACUGGAGACCGAAAUGAAUGUGAAACAUGAGGGUGGGCAAGAUUUGCUUCCAAUGCGCUGGUUUUCUCAUUCCAUCUCCAAGCGCAGCGAAGGAGAUGACAAGGAGAAAACGCUGCCUAUAGCUCAUUUGGGUAGCAGCAUGGUCAGCCAUGGGGAGGAUUUCGAUGCCAAUUCCGAAUAUGGCCGUUGUUUGACGAGUAAGCGACCAUGCCACUCCUGCUGCUUCACAAGCGAUUGGCUUUCUGACGUUGUUUUCUACCAAAUAGUGUUUGGGAGGGCAGAGGAGCGGAUUGCUCGUGUGCAGGAAACCUAUAUCUCACAGGCUACUGCCACGUAUCUUGAGUCCCUUGAACGAUCUCUAGCCCAGUUGAAAGAAUAUCAGGCUGCCCGCAAGAAGCUUGACAGCCGACGAUUGGCGUACGAUACGUCACUUUCUAAGAUGCAGAAAGCGAAGAAAGAGGACUUUCGCGUUGAAGAAGAAUUGCGUACCCAGAAGGUCAAGUACGAAGAGGCCAACGAGGACGUUUACAGGCGGAUGUACGAUAUCAAGGAUGCGGAGGUAGAAAAUAUCGCCGAUUUGGCUGCCUUCCUCGAAGCCCAGCUCAAUUACCACGAACGCUGCCGAGAAGUACUUCUCCAAAUUAAGAAUGAUUGGCCUGCAGACCAAUUCCAAUCACAAACGCCAAAUGGUCGUCGCACCGCCGGGCGUGCCCGUUCCAAUACCGCACAUUCCCACCAUGAACGCUACGAGCCGCUGCAUGAGGAGCUCACAAACGGUGUUAGUCCCCGACCGAUCAUUAGGUCAGACCGUCAUGCUUCAUCUGUUCCCCCAACUCUGCCCGCGAGGGAAGCGUACCCAGCAGAGACGCCUUACCAGCGACCUGUUUUGAACCGCACCUCAACUUUUGAGGGCCCUUCGCAAUUGCGGCACCUGCAGCCGUCUGGUUUGUCUUCCUGGCAAUCACGAGCGGCCAGUGAAAAUCUGGUCUCCCGCAGAGAUAGCUCUCAGCCUCGGCCUGUCAGCAUGAUGCCAGAUAACCCAUAUACUGAUGCUUACGAAGAAUCCACUGCGCAUGUUAAUUCUCAUUCAGACGUGUUCUACCAGGGACGAUCUAGCCCUCCUUCACACGGGGAAAUCAUUUCCAGAAGGGCCAGCUCGGGGACCUUGAACGGUUCGGCAUUGAACAAGAAAGGUCCUCCGCCUCCCCCGCCCUCGCGAGCAAAGAAGCCGCCUCCGCCACCUCCGAUGAAACGGCCCAUGCUGUCUGUGGGAGAUGCGUGA